AUGGCUGGAGAUGAGGACCAACAUUUAGACGAUCGAGUGAAAGAACUGAUGCUUGAGUUAGACAUUCUCAGGUUUGAUCGCAGCGAUCUGUUAUAUACAGCUUGUUAUUGCGAGGAAAACAUUUACAUGCUUUGCUCUGAGAUCCUUAAGAAAAGGCCUGAAUUGAUAGAUGACUUUUCAGUCAUGUUUAUUAGCAAUGAUCAUAGGUCGGUGCCUUUAUGGCAGCAGCGAGCUGGAAGUGGAGAUGAGCAUGCUGUUCUUUGGGAUUAUCAUGUGGUGCUUUAUUACAAACAAGACAGCGAAGCAUUGAUUUAUGAUUUCGAUACUCUGUUACCAUUCCCCAGUCCUGCAGAUUUUUAUGCAUUGGAAACCUUCAAACCAAACAUGCUAGUAAAAGAUGAAUACAGGCAUAUGUUUCGACUCAUUCCUGCAAAAGAAUACUUGAAUCGCUUUGAAUCUGAUAGAAGUCAUAUGCUGAAUGAAAGAGGUGAAUACAUUGCAGCACCACCACACUACCCAGCCAUUUCAAAGAAGGGCAAAUCCAACUUGGACAAUUACAUUUCCAUGAAACAAGAUGCUUUGCAAGAUGCCUAUGGCACUGUUAUGACGAGCGAUAAUUUAUACCAAUCCUUAUUCAAUAAAGCCUGA